UGAGGUUCAGCACUAAGGAGUUGCCUGCUUGACUGGACUAACCUUGUAGGACCAGAAUGAACACCGCAGGUGUCUUCGUGCUUCUGAACCUGUCCCUCUUCUGCCUUUUUUCAGAUGUGGUUGCCCAAGGUGGGAGACAGAUUGACUGUAGUAAGUACAUGGACAACACUUCUAACUGCUCCAGAGAGAGUGAGCCUGUCUGUGGAACAGACAAUGUGACUUACGGAAACCGGUGUGCUUUUUGCAAAGCAGCUAGGGGAAAGACAAAUCUUGCAGUUCGCAACAUGGGAAGGUGCAACGGAACACCUGGCCGUCACCACUGA